UCUGAGCGGUAAAGUAAAUUGUUAAAUUUUAGUCUGGGAGAUGCAUUUUUAGCCGUUCUAGGAAGCCCCAUUUCAAAAAUUUUCUUUCGCGUCAUACCCAACCAUGGUGGUGUUGGAUAACGGAAACCCCUCAACGCCAUUACGUCAUUUGCUUCAAUUGACAAUUAUUUAAUUAUAUUUAUAGACGAUGUUUUGUUUAUUGCGUGGGUCGCUAGACGACAUUAUUUUACCUUAUAUGGACUUUUCUAUUUUCGUCGUAUGUAUCUGUUAGUUUAUAUAAAUGCUUGAGUAAAAGUUAGAGGGAGUUGGAAAAAUGUCGAGACGAAGAAGAGGAACCGAAGAGCCGAACUCGACGAAGAACUGAGUAGCUAAGAAGUAGCAUAUAGAUUUGUUGAUUUUCAUAUAUCGAAGUUGUGUUUACGAAAGAAUUUAGUUGUUCUUGCUGGAAACCUGCCGACCCUAUUUGCCAUCUUACGCUGACUGCAGCCGAGUAAAAGAUCGUAACUUCAUCAAAAGAGCAGAAGCAUCAACAACAAAAGAACUGCGAACAGAUAGACGAUGGCUCAACUAGCGAUUAUGGAGUCACAAAAAAUACAACAGAUGCAGGAAAUAUAAGAGAAAACAAGGCGCUGGAGUAUAGUGUUGAUGGGUUUGAAGCGAAAGAGAAAGAUAGGGAUGCUCGGUGAUGCUGACAUUGACAUCUCAAAAGAGGUCACGGUCAAUGAAGGACCUACUUUUGAAAGCCAGAAAAAAAGAAGUAUCAAACAUUUCUUGAACAGAAUAAAACUUCCAUGGAAAAUUGCAACAGAAUGGAAACUUCAUUCAAAUUUCUCAUUUGGUAGCUCGACAUUGUCCUUUGCUAGAUUAAUAACUGAACAGUCGUUCAUCUAGGGCAUGCAAUGUCAUAUGCUCUUGGCAGAUCAAGUCGGUCAAAAAAUUAUUCUAGAUAUUAAACUGGCUGCAGUGUUCAAUGGUUCCACGGAUACAACACCAGGUAAGUCGAAAUCUGAUCAAAGGACCGUGGUUUGCAGAUUUAUUGGCACAACAAAUACAAAGGAACGACUAUAAGCCUUGAAGCACAUGCCGGUGAAGACACAGCAAAGAACAUCAUUGGUGCAUCGAACAGUCACUCGUUAAAUACAGACGAGCUGUGCUUUCAAUCCUACGAUUUAGCCGCAUCCAUGUCUGGCAGAUGCAGCAGUGCUCAACAGAAACUGCAUGAAAGGUUGCACAAGGUUGUCUCGUAUACUUCAUGUCAAGCACACAGGAGCAGUUAUAGAGCUAAAACGCCAGUCCCAUCAUCAAGGCUAUCAAGAAUUGAUCCAGGCUGGCCAAAAAGGGAGUGGCACAAACGACAAUCGGACAGUUACUAUAAUAUUUGGGGGAGACAUAUCUUUUGACGGUCCAGUGAAGUAUUUUGCAGAAGUAGAAAAGACUUGCGAUUAUAAAAGGCCUUUCGAAAAAGUUAGAAAAUUACUGGCAACAGCAGACCUACGAGUUGCAAACCUGGAGUCUCCAUUACUGAAAGGAGCUUAUAUUGAAAAGGUACCUGACAAUGGUAAACUUAUAUCUCAUUAUGGAUCCAUUGAUGCUGUCGAGGGGCUAAAAUAUGCAGGGUUUGACAUUGUGCAAGUGGCGAACAACCAUUUUGCUGACUUUGGAGUAGCUGGGGUGAAAAGCACAAUUGCAGCACUGAAGAAGGCAGGCAUUGCAUACGUUGGAAUGCAAGAUCGAGUAAACAAAAAGACUAGUCAAAAGCCUGUUAUUAAGACGGUUAACGGGUUGAAAAUCGGUUUUCUGUCCUAUUGCCUAAAUUUUGAAGGCUGCAAUACAUACAAGUGUGAAAAUGAGUAUUGCCACGACUCUACGGAAGGUGACAAUUAUAUUUUUGGACUGGGGCCAGCCGUUUUCGAUAAGCGCACUGCUCGUAACGAUAUCAAGCGGUUGUCAAAACGCGUCGAUUUUACGGUUGUUUUAAUGCACUGGAGCCAGGAAUAUUUGCUUGUUCCUCCAUUGGGGAUGAGAGAAAUUGCUGAGUCAUUGGUUGUUUUUGGAGCAACUCUUGUUAUGGGUGGUCACCCACAUGUUAUUCAGGGUCAUGAAUGCCGUGGGACAGGUGCAUUGGUAGUAUAUAGUUUAGGAAACUUUCUUUUCCCAAAACAUUCCAAUACUAGCUUGGGAAUAUUUCUUGGAGGAGAAAAGCCUACUGCAGCAGAGGUGAAAUCGUAUCCUAAAGUGAUGAAAUCAGUGUACAGUCCAUCGCAGAUAGGAAUGAUGUUUCGGGUGACACUUGGCAGAGCUGGGAUUCUAGCAGCUGAUUAUAUCCCUUUUGAUAUCAAGAAUGAUCCGAAAUCCAACUGCUUACAGCCAACGCCUCUGACAAAAAAUUGGAUCAAGUUUUGUGGUGAAACUGAUCUACACUGCAUCAAUUUUCGAGACGUUUGCGCAUCUAUGGCUUCAACAGGGGAUGCUUUUGAUAAUGAAAAAAACGAACAUUUAUGUAUAAAAGGAAACAAUUAAUUCUACAAGUUUGAAGGAAUGUAAAAUUUUGUGUAUAAUUGCAAUGAGCAUCGAUUGUAAAAUUUUAUGAUUGUAAAAUGCUUGAACAAAGGACAUAAAAUUAUUUUUUAAGUAACCUUUAUUUUGAAUGA